AUUUUACAUAACAUUCUAAUAUUUAUGACUCUUAAUAAUAAAAAAUAAAAAAAUUAUAAGGCUUAUAUAUAGAUAUAUAGACCUAAUCGUGCCAUCGCGGUCUACACAUAGAAAAGAGAUUACAGCUUCACAAUUCGAAUAGAUAUGUUUACCAUUAAAUGCAAGUGGUGAAUAGACGGACAAUCACUUUGGAAGUCUACGGUAAUUGGAAUUAUCAUUUUAUACGACUGUUAAACAAUUAUGAACAUUAUAAAGUCAGACAACAGACUUGUGUUGAAGUCUUCUAUACAAGAAUCAUUGAAGCACUCGUGCAUAGAAUAUUGCGUGGAAAAGCGCGAAAAAUGUUCUAACACAGAAUGCGUCAUCAUUCUGAUGUCACUACUAAUUGCAGCAUAUUCAUAUUUAGUAAAUUCUACAGUAUUAUGUUCAAAAACUGUUUUCAUUAUUGCAAUUAUUGUCUUGUUCAUUUUUGGGUUACGGUUUAGUUUUAAAGUUUGCAAUGAAUCAUUACUCAUAACAGCUCCCAUUGGAUUACAGUUGACCACAACUUAUAUAACUGGACAUCAAAGGGUAUUUUCAUUACCUUGGCAAAGUAUUACUGAUGUACUUAUUGUUGACGUUAUUCACACCCAAAAAGUAUUAUACUAUUUGGCAAUUAAAACACCCCAAAAUGGGAUAGUCACAUUGUUUCAGAAAAGUUCACCAAGGUUACAUUUUUUAGAAAUAAUAUACAAGGAUGUUUACAAACUAUUAGAAAACAACAGAUGAAGUGACUUGUGGAUAUCAAACUUAAUAUAUUUUUAUUUUGUAACAUUAUAAAAUUGAUUGUACGUCCAUUUUGGAAAAACACGUUUGUACAAAUUUAAACAUACAGUGUCUUGAGAUUUUACUUGACCAUCAAAUCCACAUUUCAUGUGUCCAUGAGUACCUAAGAUUAGAAAUUGUGACAUUUAAUAUAAAUUGAAGUAAUUUUAAACAUGUUUAUAUCCAAUUAAUAUUUUAUUUUAAAAUAAACAAAGUUUUAAGUCUUAAAA